CGUGCCGGUCCUUGCGGGGUCUCAGCAUCCCCCGUGCCGGUCCCCGCGGGAUCUCAGCAUCCCCCAUACCCGCCCCCGCGGGGUCUCAGCAUCCCCCGUGCCGGUCCUUGCGGGGUCUCAGCAUCCCCCUACCCUCCCCCGCGGGGUCUCAGCGCUCCGUGCGGAGCCCCGAGAGCCGCCGCGUCCGGGCGGCCACCAGCGGCCGCAGCGGGCGGGUGCUCCGCAGCCCGGCGAGAGUUAACGGCGGCGCCGCCUCUCCAUUGGCGGCCCCGCGGCGGCUGCCGAGCCCGCGCUCGCCCCGCGCUCGCCCCGCGCGUCCGCCGGCCCCGCGCUCCGAGCCUCCAUGCGGCGGCGGCCGCCGGCAUGCCCGGCACGCCCAGCCUGCUGCCUCCUCUGCUCGCCCUGCUGUGCCUCGGGGUCGCCGACCCCAAGCCCGACCCCGACGAGCCGUGGUGCCCCUACAAGGUGGGCGGCGAUGGCGCGGCGGGAGCGCGGCUCUGCUUCCGCCCGCCGGCCCGCGGCUUCCAGUGCGCGGCUCGGGGGUGCCGCGCCCACCGCUCCGCGGGCGGCGCGCUGGUGGCCAACGUGCUGCGGAACGGCAGCGUGCUGCUGCAGUGGGGGCUGCGGCACUGGGGGCCGCCGCCGCCGCGCCCCUCCGCCGCCCUGCGCGGCUUCGCGCUCAACUGCUCCUGGGACGGCACCUACACGCGCUUCCCCUGCGACAGCGUGGAGCUGGGGGCCGCGUGUCGCGACUACCUGCUGGCCGAGGCGCACGGCAGCGUGCGCUACCGCCUGUGCUUGCAGCCGCGCUACGCCCCGCCGCGCCCCGCGCCGCCCGCGCAGUGCGUGGAGUUCCGCGUGGAGCCCGCGGCCAUGCGCGACAUCGUCGUGGCCAUGACGGCCGUGGGGGGAUCCAUCUGCGUGAUGCUCGUCUUCAUCUGCCUGCUCGUGGCCUACAUCACCGAGAACCUCAUGAGCCCCGCGCUCGCCCGCGGAGGACACGCGGCGGCCGCUGCGCGCCGCGCGUAGCGCGGGAGGGGAUGAUGGUGAUGAUGGUGAUGGUGAUGGUGAUGGUGAUGAAGCGGGGCCGGCGCCUGGCGGCUCCCGCAGCCGCCGUUGCGGCGCUCUGCGGCGAGGGAAGAGCUUUUCCAGACUGUUCUGGCAGCGCUGGCUUUGCCGUGCCCACACUUGCAGGAUGCGCGUUCCCAGCGGAGUUCGGAGCUCUUCUGCCGGCUGCGGUGGCUUCUCGGCCGGAGCCGUUCGUGGUGGACUCGUGGCAUCUCAGCGGAUCAAAAAACAAUAGCAGAGGUCCCCAGGUGCCAGAAAUCGUCUGUUUUAAGGGCAAGCGGCAGACCUUACCGAGGGCCUGUUUGAAAAGACUCUCCAGAACACCCUUAUUUUAAGCCUAAAACCUCUUGGUCUUAGACCCGUGCGUGAUUUUUUUCCUGUGGGGUAAAGCCGUUUAGAGUUCAGGAGGACUGACUGGUGGGACCACAAACCCCAUAGCUAAGCGUGCGCUUGAUCCAAAGCCCGCUUAAUCUUGUGUUUUAGGUGGGUUUUGUAUCAUGCUUUAGGCGGUCACAAAUUUUGGGGCGGGGGUUUUUCUGGUCGAGGGUUUUCUGGUCAGCUCCAGCGACCAUCAACAUCCAACACCUGCUUUUCUCCCAUCAGAAUUGUGUUGUAGUUUCACGAAGAGUGCAGGUAAAGGGAUAAAUUGAAUAAGAAAACUCCGUUUCGUUGAGCAAGUAGGAACCAACCCUUAAUUAUAAUUAUAAUUAAGAUAUAAGUGAGCACCCCCUGGCCCGCUGAAACCCCCUCCUUUAGCAAAGCAGCUGCACUAAGGUAGAAGCUUCUUGACCACGGAAGUCACUGAUGUUGUAGCCGAGUGUUUUGAGCGUAGGAACACUCCCCGGUAACUCCUCACUUGACGCUGUAGUGAAGUAAGGUUUUAGCCAUACUCUAGUACUGAUUCUAUUGUGCCUUAGUGCUGAGAAUUUGUCCCAUUCCUAUCGGUGCAUCUGUUCCUGUAGUCCUCGUAGUUAAGUGUUAUCUCCCUCGUGUUCCUGUCUCCGGAAUUAGUGGUUGUUGGUUUGUCUGAUUGUUUUCUUAAAAAAAAAAAGAAAAAAAAAACAAACAACUUGGGCUGAUCACUACUUGAAAUUUAAUAUAUACACAAAGUAGUUACCUUCAGAGAGGUGUUUAGCGAGGUAGUUUUUAGUACGUGUUGUUUGUGUGUAGUUGACUGCUGUAACACAAAAAAUUAAUUUAUUAUCACUUAGGAACUGUGCACUAAAAGCAAAAAAAAAAAAAAAAGUAGGGGGAAGGCUCUUUUGUAAAGGGACUGUCAGGUUCAGUGUGAUCUGUUUGUGUAAAUGUUUAGCUCUGGUGAACGACCUGUUUGCUUUUCCUUGUGAAAGUCCUUUGUGAAGUUCCAGCUUGGUGGUAGAGGGUAAAUCUAGGAAGUGUGUGGAAUCCUUAAUGAUAGCCAGUAUUUGUACCGAGCAUAAUCCCUUCUUCAGGAACUCGGGGGUGGCUGAGGAGCUGACGGUGUGCGUUUAUCAGCACCUUUUACAGCUUGCCCUCGGUUUGUUAUUCCUGCUGUGUUUCCAUUCUCUGCUCUGUGUUUGUCACCUUGCCUGUGUGCUGGAUUGAAGAACGCACUGAUGCCUCAUUUUUGCGUUUUUAUCCCUAAGGAGAUGCUGGAAGAAAAGGCAAUUUUGAAGAACAUUAAGACAAAUGUUGGUCUUUUAAAGGUUUCAGGGUUUUUUUUUGCUGUAGCCAGUUCAGCACAGGAGCACUGGAGUGCCACUGAGUUUGUACAUCUCUGUCACCUGUUGUCAAGCAGUGUCACUGUUCCGUUCCUCAUCUUGUCAUGAAUUGCCAGAUGUGAAAACCAGCUGUGUAAACAACGAGCCUUGUACCACCUUGGCGUUGAACUGAAUAAAUUAAGAGGAUGAUGGAAAAGAAAUGAAAAUCCCAUAAAUACUUAAAGGUUCAAGAUCUUGUUUCACUCAAAGGGAGUCUGCCCAAACUGGUCAUAACAAUAUUCCAUUGCCUGCUGUAAAAUUAUGACAGCAUUAAUGGGAAAAGAAGAGAUUUAUUCUCUGAAUACUUCAUUUUAUUUAUUAGAGGUUUGGAUUGUAGAUAACUGGGUAAUUCAGGUGGUAACACUGAUGUAAGUCUGAGGAAAUGGAAAUUUAAUUUACAGUUUGGAAUGUGACUGUCUUCAGUAAGACACCUCUGCAGGUAAUAAUGGAUACCCUAAAUAAUAAUUCAUAAUAAUAAUAAUAAUGGUAUAACCCUAAUGGAUUAUGGGAUAGCCCCAAAACAGCACCUAGAAGAUACUAAAGAGAUGUUUUUGUAGCCAUUUCACGUUUUUAUUCAUCAGUCUCUGGGGAUUGCAUUGUAACAGCAUCCUGGGCAGAGGGUAGAAAAAGAAUCUAAAUCCUGAUCGAAGAAAAUCUGCAGUUUUCAAAGGAUUACUUUCAUUUUUUUCCCUUUCCAUGCAUUAAAAAUGGGAUGUGGGAAACAAUAUCUCAUUUUCUCAUUCAUUUUCAGUGGAUUAAGCUUUAAUUGAACACAUCUGGGUGUGUUGGAGAAGAAAAUCAGAGUAUUCCCCUGUUUGAUUUUGUGUGACAUGAAGCAAAAUAUCUGUUGACCCAUUGAUAACUGGAUUUUUUUUCCUUCUAUCACUAUAGAAAUUUCUCUGCCAUGAAUGCAGACAUUUCUUGUGCUAAUAAAAGGGGAAAUUUAAUGUACACAGGCUUGGUGGUAAUCCAGCUGCCACCAGCCUUGGUGUGACUGCACAGUUAAAGCUUUCUCCAGGCUUUGCAGCAAUUCCCAAAACGUGCAGAGUAGCUUGGGGAGUGACAAUCCAUCCUGGCCUGUCCAGGCAGCGAUAAAGAAGUGGCAGAAUGCUGAUUUAUAACUGCCAAGAAGCUGCUUUGGGGGAAAGUGGAAAUUGCUCCUAAGGCAACCACACAUCCCCCGUGUUACUAUGCGAGUACCUGCUAUUAAAAAUCCACGUGGUGCCUUCUUAGGUGUUUUAUUACCCUGCAUUGAUCCACUCAUUUCCAGUACAAACAUCAGGCCACAUCCAGGAGCUAAAAUGGAGAAUGAUAUGCUCAUUAACAAGCUGCUUUUUUUCCCUUGCCUCGUGCUAAAUGUGAGGAAAACAACUGCUUAAAUGUGAGCAGCUCAAAGCCCAGCUUGACCCCAGCUUUGGGUGUUCUGGAGGAAACAGUCUGUGCCUCAGGCAAAGAAUCUCUUAAUUGCAUUUUGAUUUUUUUUGAUUUUUUUUUAUUUUUUUGUGAGAUGGAAAUGGAAAGGCUGCCUGGCUUUAUUUGGAGGUGCAGGCAAAAGCUGGGAUUUUGCUUCCAUGGAGAUCUGGAGUCUCAGUUUUAUGAGGCUGCAAACUGCUGCCGUGUUUCAGCAAAAAAAAGGAGGAAAAGAGGCAGGUGAGAGUGUCACAUUCCUGGUAAAAGCUUUGGAAUUACAGCAAGGGAUGCUUGGAUGGGGUUUUUUGGCAUUUUUAACCUGAGUAAAACCACCCUCAGGCUUGCUUCAGCCCAGGUCUGGUCACUGCAUCUC